AUGCUGCGGGUUCUUUCCAUUUUGGUGCUUUUUCCUGAAUUGAUUUAUGGGUUUUUGAGGCCCAGUGACACCAUGUGCAAGUUUUUAGACACCGAUAGCACCUGCUCUGUGACUCAUGGAGGAGAUCUUUAUUUGCAAGUGAUGGCCAAUGCUUCUGACCAUCGUCUUGAGUUGUUCCGUGGAUCCAAGAAGGUGCUGAUAAUCAGAAGAGAAACUGUGAAGAUAUUGGAGGAGGCUUUUAGGAAUCGGACCGAGGCGUUCAGAAAUAAUGGCACAAUUAAGAUUCAAAAUGUGCAGUGGGAAGAUGCGGGGAAAUACAAAGUGGAUGUUUAUGACAAAGAUGGAAUUCAUUUGAAGAAAGUGGAGGUGAUGCUGGAGGUCAAGGCAAACCCAUGGCCUGUUGUGGUGUAUGCUGGGGCUUCUGUGGGGGCGUUUCUACUGGUUGUUCUGGUAUCUGUUUGUAUCUAUAGGAAAUCCAAGGCACACAAACAGCCAGGUGCCGUUAUAUGA